UCUGUACUUUAGUCUUCACUUUUUCACUUUUCUUUCUUUCUCCUAACCCACAGCGACUCUAUCGUCUUCCUCCGCCGCUCCACCGCCGCUGAAGAAUGCCUCAAAUGGAAGAAUCCGAGGAGGAGAAGAACAAUCCUAUCAUAAUUUUCUUCACCAAUUUGCUUUAUAGAAUCAAGCUGCCGUUUCCACCGAAGAACACUGCCAGCGAGAAGGAUGAGCCAGCCGUCGCUUCUGUUCGCGCGGAGGAGCCUCUUAUUGUAAAGUCUCCGGCGGCGGAGGAGGAGGAUGAGAGAGGAAAGCCUGGCGUGGUGGCUUUUCCGAGGCGGAGCUUUGUUCCGUUGAAGCUGGAGGAGGCGGACGCUGAGGCGGCUGAGCGGAGUACUAAUCCGGCGGUUCUUUGGCAGGUCCUAAGCAUUCAGCAGAUCUACAGAAUCAGCACAAUGUCUUGGGGAUGACAAAAACGCCACAAAAAGCUUAUCGCCGCAUCUAAAUCUUUGUCAAUUCUCAUCAUACCAUCAGAUACAUUUCCGGCAUUGGCCUUCCAAAAGAUUAUCUAACCAUUUCACAUGUGGCUGAUGUGAUUUUUCUUAUUAACUUUCUGAAAGUGCUGCAAUGUAUUUUUUGGAUAAGAUCUUCAAUGCAUCAAUUGACUUUUGUGUAGAUACAA